AGGCGUUCCCCGUUACAGAUUCACACCGGCCCUCAAAUUUAACGCCGCUGUCUCCUCUCUUCCAAAUUCUCAGCUCGCUCGCUCGCAACGUAACGCUUUUCUCUUCCACCGCCCAAAUCGCAAAAUGGGGUCAACGUCGACGCCACCCUCCGGCGGCCUACCGAUGAGAAAGAGCGGAAGAAGAUCCGGCUCACGGAGGAGAAUCUGCGAGCUCCACCAUCACAAGAGCCAACGGCCCCUCCUCCCCGGCACCGGAGAUUCAGUUUCAGACAAGCUGGAGGCUCUCAAGCAACUCAUUCCCUCCCACGAUGAAGAGAUUAAAUCCGACCAGCUGUUCCAAGAAACCGCCGACUACAUCGUUCUUCUCAGAACCCAAGUCUUGGUUUUGCAGAAGUUGAUUGAUAUUUACGGGUCUUCCAACAACUCCGGCACCCAGAAUACCCAGAAUCCUCUAUCGUAGGUAGCCUUGUCCUCUUCUCAGAAUCCCGAAAAGUCUCGGAAAACAGAAAAAAAAAAAGCAACAAAAAGAUUCUUUCUUUCUUUCGUUCUUUCUUUCUUGGGGGUUGGGGUGGGUGUUUUAGUUUCUGCCGUUUUGCUUUCAAGAAAUGCAAUGGGUGGGUAGUUCAGGUGAGUACUAAUUCCCAAGAUUCAACUAGUAGUCAUCAAUCAUAUAGUAUCACAAAGAUUUUAAUCUUUCCUUUAGCACCUAUCAUGUAUAUUGCAGUUGAGCCCGGAAUUCCUGUAAAAUUUUCUUGAAUCUCAUGAAAUACGACUACAUUACUGUUAGAAUCAAA